UGGAGUUGCGUGCGCGCGCCCGUGCUGCACAGGGUCGGGUUGACCGCGAGGGAAGCGCCGUGCACGACAGCCGUAGCCGUCUCGAGAGCCGUCUCGCGGGCACGUCCAGAUCAAUAGCGUCAAAAGGCCCCGCGCCGUUCGCGUUGGAUUGCCUCUUGUGCGCCCCGUUGUGAACCGUGCAGUGCGGCAGGCUGCGGGGACCGGUAUUCCGAGCGGGACAAUGGCGGCAGAGGUGAAUGGCAACUCGGCUCCGGUGAAGGAAGACGAGGAACCCAUGGACAUCACUGUCACGCACACGGAGAACUACCAGACGCUCAUCGAUGCCGGACUGCCGCAGAAAGUUGCGGAGAGCUUGGACAACAUCUUCCAGACCGGGCUGGUGGCUUACGCUGACCUGGAUGAGAGGGCCAUCGAUGCCUUGAGGGAGUUCAACGAAGAAGGGGCACUCUCUGUCCUGCAGCAGUUCAAGGAGAGCGACCUGUCCCAUGUGCAGAACAAAAGCGCCUUUCUGUGUGGGGUCAUGAAGACUUACAGACAGAGGGAGAAGCAAGGCAGCAAAGUGCAGGAAUCCACAAAGGGGCCAGAUGAGUCCAAGAUUAAGGCCCUCCUGGAGAGGACAGGGUAUACUUUGGAUGUCACCACAGGACAGAGGAAGUAUGGGGGACCCCCUCCCGCAGAAGUGUAUUCGGGGUCUCAGCCAGGAGUCGGAACAGAGGUGUUUGUGGGAAAGAUUCCCCGGGACUUGUAUGAGGAUGAGUUGGUACCCCUGUUUGAGAAGGCAGGCCCAAUCUGGGACCUGCGCCUGAUGAUGGACCCGCUGUCAGGCCAGAACCGUGGGUAUGCCUUCAUCACCUUCUGCAACAAAGAAGCUGCACAGGAGGCGGUUAAGCUUUGUGACAAUUACGAAAUCCGGUCAGGCAAAUACCUGGGAGUGUGCAUCUCUGUUGCAAACAACCGGCUGUUUGUUGGGUCAAUCCCAAAGAACAAGACCAGAGAAAGUAUCCUGGAAGAUUUCAGCAAAGUAACAGAGGGCCUUGUGGAGGUGAUCCUCUACCACCAGCCAGAUGACAAGAAGAAGAACCGUGGCUUUUGUUUCCUGGAAUACGAGGACCACAAAUCGGCUGCUCAGGCGCGUCGCCGUCUCAUGAGUGGCAAGGUCAAGGUCUGGGGUAACCCUGUCACUGUGGAGUGGGCUGACCCAGUCGAGGAACCUGACCCAGAGGUCAUGGCCAAGGUGAAAGUGUUGUUUGUGAGGAACCUGGCCACAUCUGUCACAGAGGAGCUUCUGGAGAAGACCUUCUCCCAAUUUGGGAAGCUGGAACGGGUAAAGAAGCUGAAGGACUAUGCCUUUGUCCAUUUUGAGGACCGUGAUGCUGCUGUCAAGGCCAUGCAAGAGAUGAACGGUAAGGAGCUGGAAGGAGAGGAAAUUGAAAUUGUUCUGGCAAAGCCUCCAGACAAAAAGAGGAAAGAGCGCCAGGCGCAGAGGCAGACCACCAGGAACACUGGGUAUGACGACUAUUACUACUACCCACCUCCACGGAUGCCACCGCCCGUGCGAGGAAGGGGGCGGGGAGGCAGGGGCGGCUACGCAUACCCCCCAGACUACUAUGGGUAUGAGGAGUACUACGACGAUUACUACGGCUACGACUACCACGACUACAGGGGCGGCUACGAAGAUCCGUACUACGGCUACGACGACGGCUAUGCAGUGAGAGGAAGAGGCAGCCGUGGCAGCAGGGGGGCCCCACCCCCUCCCAGGGGCAGAGGAGCUCCACCUCCCAGAGGCAGAGGAGGCUACGCCCAGAGGGGGGCGCCCAUGGGUGUGCCGAGGGGCAGCCGAGGGGGCCGGGGCGGUCCAUCUCAGCAGCAGCGUGGGCGCGGUGCCCGGGGGGCCAGGGGCAACCGCGGGGGCAACGUGGGCGGGAAGAGGAAGGCCGACGGCUACAACCAGCCAGACUCCAAGCGACGGCAGACCAACAACCAGCAGAACUGGGGGUCCCAGCCCAUCGCCCAGCAGCCCCUGCAGCAGGGGACCGACUAUUCCGGUAACUAUGGUUACAGUAAUGACAACCAGGAGUUUUAUCAGGAUUCUUAUGGUCAACAGUGGAAGUAGAGAGACGUAAGGGUACUGGGAAAUGUAAAUGUUUAAAAAAAAAAAAAAAACAAACCUAAAAGAAACGAGGAGAUUGGCAACACCACGUCUGAUUGGCUUUGUACCCUUCAUGCACAAACA